AUGCUAGGCGAUCGCCCGAAUGAUCACUGGCACGAGCCGGCCUUCGGGGAGGUGAACCAGCUGGGCGGCGUGUUCGUCAACGGCCGGCCGCUGCCCAACGCCAUCCGGCUCCGCAUCGUGGAGCUGGCCCAGCUCGGGAUCCGGCCCUGCGACAUCAGCCGCCAGCUGCGGGUGUCCCACGGCUGCGUGAGCAAGAUCCUGGCGCGCUACAACGAGACGGGCUCCAUCCUGCCGGGGGCCAUCGGCGGCAGCAAGCCCCGCGUCACCACCCCCACCGUGGUCAAACACAUCCGGACCUACAAACAGAGGGACCCCGGCAUCUUCGCCUGGGAGAUCCGGGACCGGCUGCUGGCCGACGGGGUGUGCGACAAGUACAACGUGCCCUCCGUCAGCUCCAUCAGCAGGAUCCUGCGCAACAAGAUCGGGAACCUGGCCCAGCCGGGCCACUACGACACCUACAAGCAGCACCAGCCCCCGCCGCAGCCAGCCCUGCCCUACAACCCCAUCUACUCCUACCCCAGCCCCAUCGCCGCCGCCAAAGUGCCCACUCCGCCCGGGGUGCCCGCCCUGCCGGGCACCGUGGCCAUGCCCCGCACCUGGCCCUCCUCCCACUCGGUCACGGAUAUUUUGGGGAUCCGCUCCAUCACCGACCCAGUGGGCGACAGUUCCCCCUACCACAGCCCCAAGGUGGAAGAAUGGAGCAGCCUGGGCCGCGCCAACUUCCCCGCCGCCGCUUCGCACGCGGUCAACGGGUUGGAGAAAGGCUCCUUGGAGCAGGAGGCCAAGUUCAGUCAGGCACCAAAUGGUCUCCCAGCUGUGAGCAGUUUUGUGUCAGCAUCCAGCAUGGCUCCUUACCCUACCCCCGCCCAGGUGUCACCUUACAUGACAUACAGCGCCGCUCCUUCCGGUUAUGUCGCCGGCCAUGGUUGGCAGCAUGCGGGCAGCACCCCGCUCUCCCCACACAACUGUGACAUCCCCGCGUCGUUGGCUUUCAAGGGCAUGCCGGCGGCCAGAGAAGGUAGUCACUCAGUCACGGCCUCCGCUCUCUGAUACGAGAGCAACUUUACCCCAAGCGCCCAAUCCCUCUGCACCUAAGCUGCCCACCCUCCCACCAACUCCCAACAGCCCCCACCCACAGUGCUGGCUUCCAGACUCAUCCCUCGUAUCGAUGACACUUAAAAAUAGGUCUUGCCAUAACGUCUCUCCCGCCGAAAAACUGAUUUGAACCAUAGGAUUUCAAUAGCAGAAGCAAUGGUAAGGAAGAGACCGUGUCGGUUUUGCCAAUGCACUGUUUUUACUUAGUGAAGAAACCUACAUCCCUCAAAGGGCUCAAGGAACUCGCUGUUCGACUAUUCAUUGGUAAAAACCACCCCUGUAUAUUUAUUCUAAAUCAACCAGAACUUUUAAUAUGUGCAAUUUGUUGUUGAGAUCUGUGUAAAUCAAUAAAAGAAAAUAAACCUAGAAAAUGAUACGCUAUGCCCUCUAAUCAACCAAGGUGACCAAGUAGCCUUAAAUCAUCCGAUGCUGCAUCUAGGGAAACCAAUCAAUACCAACAAGUUUGAGUGAUCUGUUGUUUAUUUUUAAGACAUGUCUUAUUU